ACCGUCUAAGUCUGCAAAUAGGGCUGCCCUCUCAAACUGAUCAACAGUUUGAGCUUUAAACUAGCGGAAGAAAGAGAGCCGCAAUCUGAAGAUCCACUUCAGCACAUUUUAACACUUUGCGGAGAAAGGAAAUACUCACUUUUUUGCGUUUUGAGAGGACUUGCACAACUUGCAAAAAAUGAUUUUCGACAAAGUGAACAAGUUUGACAUCGUCUUUGACUCCCCGGAGGUGGACUGUCCUCCUGUGUUCAGCAGCGGGGACGUCGUGUCCGGCCGGGUGGUGCUGGAGCUUUCCGGGGAGAGCAAGGUGGACUCCCUGAAGCUCCACGCCGAGGGCUUCGCCAAAGUACACUGGACCGAGUCCCGGUCCGCCGGCUCCAGCACCGCAUACACCCAGAACUACAGCGACGAAGUGGAGUACCUGAACCGGAGAGAGGUGUUGCUGCAGGCAGAUAAUGGCGAGGUGACCGUCCUUCCUGCCGGCAGACAUGAAUUUCCAUUCAGCUUCCAGCUGCCAGAGGAGACGCUGGUCACCUCCUUUGAGGGGAAACACGGCAGCAUCCGCUACUGGGUCAAAGUUAAGCUACACAGGCCUUGGGCCACCGUGAAGAAGAUCAAGAAGGAGUUUACAGUCAUCGAGCCCAUUGACAUCAACACACCAGCCUUCCUGGCGCCACAGGCUGGAACAAAAGAUAAGAUGGCACGGGCGUGGUACCGCAACUUUGGACAGGUGUCUGUAACUGCAAAAAUUGACCGCAAAGGCUACACACCAGGUGAGGUGAUACCUGUCUUUGCAGAAUUUGACAAUUCUACCUCCCGAUCAAUUGUGCCCAAAGCCUACAUCACUCAGACACAGACGUUCAUCGCCCGCGGCACCAUGAAGCAGAAGCACUCGGUGGUGGCCACGCUGUGCGGCGACAUUGUCGGCCACAGACGCAGGGAGACCUGGCACGGUCGCGCAAUAAAGAUCCCACCUGUAGGUCCCUCGAUCCUGCAGUGCCGCAUCAUCAAAGUGGAGUACAUGCUCAAGGUGUGUGUUGAUGUUCCUGGGACAUCCAAGCUGUGUCUGGAGCUGCCACUGGUCAUAGGCACCAUCCCUCUCCAUCCAUUCGGCAGCCGCACCUCCAGUGUCAGCAGCCAGUACAGCGUCAACCUGGAGUGGCUGCGCAUGGCCAUCCCCGAGCAGCCUGAGCCUCCUCCAGAUUACAGCUCUGUGGUGACUGAGGAGGAGGCUGAGCAGUGCAACAACGCGGUGGUCCUGCACCCGGCUGAAGACCUGAGUGGGAUCUUGGAGCGCCCCCUCAUGGCCUUUGUCCAGGAAUUUCGCUUCCGACCUCCGCCGGUGUACAGCGAGAUUGACCCCAACCCUCAGCCCUUAAACAUGAGACCUCGCUGCAUGACGUGUUGAACCAUGAGCCCUGCCUGAGCGUCGAGCAACUUAAAUUAAUGAAACGAAUCAAGAGAUUUGUCUUCUCCUGGAUUACUUCUCUCUGGUAAAUGGCACCUGGUCCCACCCAGUGUUGUGGAGAGGGACUGGAGCGCCACGGAGAGGUCAGGAGAGGAGACGGAGCUCACGGGAACUGAAUGUCAGUGGAGGAGCCCGCACUUGUUUCCGGUCCAUAAAGUAAAGUGGACGCUUUCCUGUUCUGCUAAGAGGAAAGCAGCUUCUCUACAUCAGUUCCUGUCCUCCCCAAGUGAUUUUUGGCUCCUGACGAAGCGAGCUACAAAUACCUCCCAAUCAACGUUACCCUCAUCUGAAAUGAAUUUUGAGAUUUAAGGAGUUUGGGACAUAUUGGGGGGGAGAUCACUUGAUAUUUGUGAGGUGGAGAGUUGGAGUUGCACCUGGUGUUUCAGAUGUUUUGAAAAGAAGCGCUCUUGAUAAGUUGACACAUGUUUAGGACCACAGUGUCAUCUUUGAGUGGCGUAAAGAGAUAUGUGCAAUUUUUGUUUCCAACUCCCUCUUACCAGGCAACACAGUAGAUUUUAACAGCCAACAUUGCUAUCAAUGCAUUGUGUGACUGAACAGAAGUGUGCCUAUGAUGAUUUCUACUGUUACUCAAGCACAUACUGUAUCUGAAGGUGUGAUGGUGGAGCAGACAAGUCAAACAAGCAGAUAUGUAGAUGUAUUUUAUGCAUGCUCGUAAACAAUGUGUAAAAGGGAAAAGUACAUAUGCCUUAAUUAUCUGCCGUUGAAGAUUGCAUGAGAGUUUCAGGGAGUCGUUCUCUCAUAGAGUUGAUUGUAUUCUGAAAGAAAACAGAACAAAAUCGGUUGGAUUGUAUGUGGAUGAAUUCCGUUGGUUUUGUGUUAACGCAAAGCUUAAGGCACUUAAGUGUCAGAUAGCUGCGGUUGUUGAUUUUAGCACAGUGAUAAAAUAGGAUGAGCAGUUGGUGUAUAAAGCUUCACGAGGCUCAUAGAUUAGCUCUCCCAGCUGCUAAACAAAAGGAGGAGGAGGAGACGGAGACCUCUGAGCCAUGUGGUCUGAAGCUUUUGAUGGGAGCCAGAUGCCUCGGUGCUGCGGGGUGCUUUGUGAAGCUCAACCAGAACACACUGCUCAGCGUUAAAGUCGAGCCUUAAGCUGGAGAUGCCACUGAAAUGUAUGGACAAAAAAACAUUCCAAAAACUGACUCGGGGAUUGUGUUUUCUCCUCAACUUCCAAAAAAAAAAAGAAAAAACUGUUAGGAGUAAUGAAAAAAGUCUUCAGGGUCAGCUGUGCGACUUUGGUGGCACGCACUGAAAAACCGAAUGUAUUUUUAUACAAAUGCAAUUGUUGAUUCACAAUCUCGCCAAAGUUUUGUAAUUGUUUUUUCUAAUAAAAAAGAUUAAAUGGA